CCACUCCAACAAUUAACUGUGCCUCCCUCAAGUAAAGCAAGAUCGGUCUUGGUAUAUUCUGUAUCGAUGAGAGCAGCUUGCAAGCUUGCUACUUAAAGCAUGAUUUCGCGCCAGGUGGUACCUGUAUACUCAGUCCAUUCCCACAGCAAGUACGAGCAGGCUCGAAAAGAUGUCUCUUGAAAUUGAGCCUAAUUUGAUCAGGCGCGGUGUCUGGAUCAAUUUGGACCAUGGUUCUGUCAUGGGCAAAACGAUAACGACUGAUACGCAAACUGGUAACAUAAUUGUUGCUUUACUCGCUGUCCUCUCAACACUGGCCACUGCACACUUAUGGCAUCUUAUUACGUUCUCGAUACAUCAACUACGUGCCACCGGACGACCAGAAGAUGCGCUCUUCAGACAACAGCAAGCACUUUUGCGUACGCUCCCAGCACCGAGUGCAGUCAUGGCAGACACCAUCAAGUUAUGGUGGGCUUGGCGAGGCAAAGCUAAAAGACCUUUACUUCGAUCGCUGGUUCUCUUAAUCAUUGCCAUUCUCUUUACAGUAGGAACAGGUGCGGCCAGUGUGUUUUCGUCUCUUGUUGUGGAUACCACGAGUCUAGAGGUGCUAGUCAAGAGUCGCAACUGCGGAUGGGCUCACCCAAUACGCAUUUUUGAUAGGGGCAUGGUCCGCCCUGUGAAGCAAGUCGCUGAUCCGUACGCCAAUCUCUGCUACACAAACGGAGCGAACAAAAGCGCGGCCAGACUCCCAUCGGUUUGUAACAGUCUGGUGCAGCGUGAGCUACCCUUCACCACGACUCGAGUACCCUGUCCAUUCGAUAAGCUUGCUUGCGAACCAAAUCUGGAGUCUGUCAGUUAUGACACCGGACUCAUGGAUGUUGGGUCCUCAUUCGGACUGAACCUCCCGGACUCCGAUGGAGUAAAGUUCCGUCAGAAGAUGACAUGUUCCCUGAUGGCUAGAAAUUCGAAGUACAAUAUUGCUGUCGGGUACAGCGCCGCGUUCGAUGGCUCUAUGUCCCCAAAUUCUUCGACUAACCCACGUUCGCUUCUGUUCGAAUACGGUACAAAUUAUCGUGGAUCCGUCAAAGGUAUCACCUGGGCGGUGGACCAAGACGAAUCAAGAUUGCUAACCAAAUAUACGGUGCAUACUGUCCACAACUAUACCAAUCCCCUGGCCCCAGUAUAUCGAGGGUUUGAUCCACGUCCCGAGCUCCGUCGCGAUAACACAACACUUACAAUCAUCAUCGUUGGGCUGAACAGUGUGACUUACUUGAACAAAGUCCGCGAUCCGCUUUUCAAUGCAACAAUUCCUGUGGAAUCGGUGGGUAUUGACAGUCAGGGUGGGCGUCCGGUCCAGAAUAUAUACCUCUCAAAUCGAUACGCUCAAGCCCUUGCCUGCCAGGAACAAUAUCAAUUCUGCUACAAGCUACCGACUGGAGAAGACGAGUGCACCGAACUCGGCGAACUUCCUCUCAGCGUUUGGAUAGGAAAUCUCCCUCCCCCUCCGGACAUUGAUUUCAGUCCUUUCCCAAAUGCGAACGAGAUGCAGAAAACGAUUAUCCGGUUAAUCGCUUCGUCUUCAUACGGAUUUAACGUCGCAACUGUCGCUCAGGAUCUAUUAGCAGGCUCACUUGAAAACCCGGACAUCGAUCGAGGCCUUCCAGAUGAUCAAUGGCUUCGGGAGUUGACACGAUGGCAAAAACAAAUUCUGGCGGCGUUACAGGUUGCCAUGAUCGACUAUGCAAUUGGCCCUGGUUCACGCGACACCGCUUUUCCUGUCUAUCUUCGACCAACAUCAGAUAGUGAGAAGAAGCUUUGCCAGAUGCAGAAGAUGAAAAAGUCCGGCAGCGUGGUGAACGUCAAUGUCUUCGGUCUCUCCUUCAUAAUUGCAUUCUCCGUCCUGGUUGCACUGCUUGAUAUCUUCAUGCUGAAGUUUGUCAUUUAUCUGAGCAAGUUUCGCGCUGCGCUUGGACCGCGCGUCGACCGUUGGAUUCAAGACGGCAUAUGGCAAUUGCAGCGACGAGCCUACGAGGGCGAAGGUUACCGUAGCUGGACUAAUCUGGAGGCCGACGUACCACUUACAACCGAGGAUAAGCUCAAAGACUUGGCCGUCCUGUGGUUGCCAAGCAAGAGUCCGAACGUGAGCCAGGGGCAAAUGUUUGAUUCUAGUACGACCAUCAGAUCGCAGCGUUCGUCAAUGGAAGUCACCGCGGUAGAGAACGCGCACCCGGUUGAUGACGGGAACAACCGAGGGCUUGGGAUACUAGGAUGGUUCAGGGGGCGAGGGGCCCGCGACUGAGCAGGUUGGGGACACAUCAUGAAGGAGCUGGGUGUUCCACAAAAGCAAAUGUGUCGAUGUCAUAGACCUCCUUGAUUACGCUUCUGUGGCUGAUGGCAUUGCCAGGUGGAAAUGCCAUCGUUCAUUUCAGCAGUUCCCUGUGUUUGUUACUUCAGUAUAAGUCGAGUUGCACACUACUGAAGACCCUUUGAACAUCCUGCCACUCUCAAUCGUACAUUU